AUGUCAUCCUCAGUUCAUUUCAAAUUCAAGUCCCAGAAAGAACCCUCACGGGUUACUUUCGAUGGCACUGGUAUUUCCGUCUUCGAACUCAAGCGUGAGAUCAUCAACCAGAGUAGAUUGGGCGAUGGGUCUGACUUUGAACUGGAAAUUUACAUCGAGGAUACUGGAGAAGAGUACGACGAUGAUACCAUGAUUAUUCCCCGGUCUACCUCCGUCAUCGCCCGUCGACUACCCGCAGCACGCCCUGGCAAGGGUGGCGCGGCUCGCUAUGUCUCCGGUAAAAUGCCCGUCAACGCUCGCAAUGCCUCCAGGACCGAACCCUCGACGACCCGAGCUAUACCGGGGAUGGGAGGAUCAGUGACCAGCAAUGUGUUGGAGCUUAACAAUGCGCAGACGGAAGAGGAGAAGAUCAAUGCGCUCUUCAAUCUGCAAGCUAGCCAGUGGAAGGAGCAGCAACAGGAGAUGGCCAAUGCCACCCCGGUCCCCUUCGGCCGUGGCAGAGGAAAACCUGUCAACGUCCCCGAUCACCCUCCUCCUCCUGGAUAUCUUUGCUACCGGUGCCGAGAGAAAGGCCACUGGAUUCAAGCAUGCCCGACAAACAACGACCCCAAGUUCGAUGGCAAGUAUAGGGUCAAACGAUCCACGGGUAUCCCUCGAUCAUUGCAGACCAAGGUCGAGAAACCGGACUCCUUGGCGCCUGACGGGUCCAACGAUGACUCGAGGAACACGGGAGUCAUGGUGAAUGCCGAUGGAGACUUUGUCGUUGCGCGGCCAGAUAAAGCAGCGUGGGAGUUAUACCAAGAAAAAGCAAAGGCGUCGGCCGCGGCCGCGGCCGAGGCAGCUGCAGCAGAGGAGAGCAAGGUGCUGCAGGCUCGAGGUCUGGAAUGCCCGAUUGACAAGAGGAUGUUCUUAGAGCCUACACAGACCCCAUGUUGUCACAGGACAUAUUGCAAUGAUUGUAUCUCCAAUGCUUUGAUUGAAAGUGACUUUGUGUGCCCUGGUUGUUCUACGGAGGGAGUCUUACUUGAUAACCUUACACCUGACGACGAAGCGGCUUCCAAAAUCAAAGCUUACGAGGCAGAGAAGGCUGAGGCUAAGAAAGAGAAGGAAAAGCAGCUCGCCACUACCAUGGUACAGAAUGGGCCAUCAGUGAAUGGUAGCGCUGCUGCUGCUGCUGCUACUGCUGAUCAAGAUCUCUCCAAGGAUGCAGAAUUGAAAGAGCGUUCUCCAUCUCAACAAGGCGCAGAUGAUGUCUCCACGCAAUCCAAGAAGAGACCUGCCGAGGAUGAACCGGUUCGUGAGACAACAGACACCGCCGACUCUGGUAAUGCGUCCAAAAGACAAAAGAGCGAGGAUCAGCCCGAAGCGACUAGUGCUGGCACCGGUCCUAGCACCACUACGAAUGGCACUCCCAAGGAAGCACCGACUAUCGUCCCCAACCAAACGAUGCCCUUCAACCCACAAAUGCCCUUUGGAGACUUUAACAACAUGAUGCCUCCCUUUUCCAACGGCGGCUUCGGCAACGACGCCAUGCCUUUCAUGAACCCAAUGGGCAUGCAGAAUGGAUUCCCAAAUCCAAUGGGACCCGGCUGGAACCCGAUGAACAUGCCCUUCCCUCAAAUGCAGGGCAACAUGUAUGGAAAUCAGAACAAUGCCUUCCCGAACAUGUUCAACGGCGAUCCAUCGAUGAUGUUCCCCAUGGGUGGCAUGGGUGGCGCAAUGCCAAAUCAGAACCCGGGCUUCCAAAAUCCCGCGAUAAACAACAACUUUGCCAAUCAGCAACGAACUGCGUUCAGCGGGCCAUAUAACCGUGAAGAGGACUCACCGUAUUUCCGACAGCCGGUGAACCCACAACGACACCAGGCGAGGAAUCGUCGGGUGCGACCGAGUGACUAUCGGGAGUUGUGA